AUGCCUAAAGGGGAUCGUCAUCGUUCAGCUAGAACCUCCUCCGGUUACUACAAUCUCUCCCCCGUUUCUACACCAACAAACCAAUACGCCGCACCAAUGCCGAUCAGCUCGUCCCGCAUGCCAGUUCAAGAUACAUACUACUCCUCAGGGCCCCUGAGCAGCAAUAGCAUAACCCAGCAACAAUACCAGCCACAGUCAACAUCAAGCUACGUCCAAGGCGGGCCAGUACAACACCCAAUGGCCUCCUCCCAAUAUGUGCAACUGCCCGUAGCACCACCACCAUCCAUCCGGCCCUCAAGCGGCGCCUGGAACUCCACAGACGACCACACGCUCAUGCAAGCACGCUCACAAGGAAUGAACUGGGCGCCAAUCCAACAAGCAUAUUUCCCCAACAAAACCCCCAACGCAUGCCGCAAACGCCACGAGCGUUUGAUGGAGCGCCGCAAUGCGGACGGUUGGGACGGCAUCAAGCUGGAGAAUAUGGCCAAGUGCUAUAUGGGGAUGCGGAAGGAGAUCUGGCAGGGUUUGGCUGAGCAGACUGGUGAAAAAUGGAACGUUGUUGAGCAAAAGUGCAUGUCCCAAGGACUUAAAAAUCUCCAAACCGCCUCCCGCGCCCACGCGCGCCGCGAACGCAUGCUCGACACCAACGCUGGCAUGCUGAGCAGUGGCUACGGGCGGGACGCGCACGCCGACGACAGCGGAAUUGGCAUCGAGGACCUGGAAGCUGAAUACGACGCUGGCAGCGAUCGUAGUACGUCUGUGUAUGGCGGGCAGAAUGGCCAUUAUCAUAGUCAUAGCAAUGGCAGUGUGGGCGACGGCAGGUAUAUGCCGCAUGGGCAGAGACUGCCGAGUAUGGAUAUGGGCAUUGAUGCGAUUAUUAAUGGUCCUAGUCAUGGACAUGGUGGUCAUGCACAUGCA